AUGCUUGCUUCGUUUUUCCCAAAUGUGGCAAAAGAAGUGCUAUAUAAGAGACAGGCUGUUAAUAUAUUAAUACAUACUAGAAACAAAAUGAAAAGUCACAAAGCAGCCGCUAAAAGAUUUAUCAAAACAGGCGACGGCUUUAAAAGGAAACAAGUAGGAAGGAAUCACGGUAAUGGAGGUUUCAGUUUCAAUUCACUUCGCCAUUUGAAUUCAUUUGUACCAGUGACUGCAAAGGGUGGUCAUUUAAAAAAGCUUAAAAAAUACUUGUGA